UCGCGUUUCUGAAGACCCAACCCAACCCAACAGGAAGACAACAAAUUUUUCUGUCCUGUUGAAACGAUGCACAUUUGCGCCUGUCAACGCUAAGCAUUAACAUUAAAUUAAUAAAUUAAUAAAAUGCCCUUAUUUGAUGGGUUAGGCAGCGGGGGAGAGAAGACUGCGAUCGUCAUUGACUUGGGAGCAGCAUACACAAAAUGCGGCUUUGCAGGGGAAACGGGGCCCAGGUUCAUAAUUCCGAGCGAGAUCCGGAAACCAGGACAGCAACAGGUGAGACACCGCUGGGCUUUGCUGAGUGUAAUCACUUGGAUAGAUUGUUUGGAAAUUGCGAAAUAUAUUAUUUUAAUGUGGUAUGUGAUGUCUCACUUUCAGGCCAUCAAAGUGGUUCAGUACAACAUCAACACAGAAGAGCUUUAUGUCAUCCUCAAAGAAUUUAUCCAUUUACUGUACUUCAGGCACCUGCUGGUGAACCCUCGCGACAGAAGAGUGGUCAUCAUCGAGUCCAUCCUCUGCCCGUCUCACUUCAGGGAGACGCUCACCAAGGUUUUCUUCAAACAGUUUGAGGUGCCAUCUGUGCUGUUUGCCCCAAGUCACCUCAUGGCCAUCAUGACUUUGGGCAUCAACUCUGCUCUGGUGAUGGACUGUGGCUACACAGAGACGCUGGUGCUACCUGUUUAUGAGUGCACUCCUAUUCUGCCAGCAUGGGAGGCUUUGCCUUUGGGAGGGAAAGCCAUCCAUAAAGAAUUAGAUGGACUUCUUGUGGAACAGUGCACUGUGGACACCGACACCAUCACUGGGCAGAGUGUACCAGCUGUCAUUGGGACCAUCCCAGAGGAGACUGUGGAAGAUAUCAAGGUCAGAACAUGCUUUGUCAGUGACCUGCAGAGAGGCCUCAAGAUCCAGGAAGCCAAAUUUAACCUAGACGGUACAGCUGAGCGUCCCGCCCCUCCUCCAGAUGUUGAUUACCCUCUGGAUGGUGAGAAAAUCCUGCACGUCAAAGGAUCAAUCAGGGACUCUGUGAUGGAGAUCCUGUUUGAACAGGACAAUGAAGAGAAGAGUGUGGCCUCUCUGAUACUUGACGCUCUGGUCAAGUGCCCCAUUGACGCACGUAAGGUGCUCUCCGAGAACCUGGUGGUGAUCGGAGGCACAGCCAUGUUGCCGGGUUUCCUGCACCGUCUGCUGGCAGAGAUACGCCUCCUGGUGGAGAAACCCAAGUACAGCGACGUGCUGGCCAGCAAGAGCCUGCGUAUACACGCUCCACCUGCCAAGCCCAACUGCACCGCCUGGCUCGGAGGCGCCAUCUUCGGGGCGCUGCAGGACAUCCUGGGCAGCCGGUCGGUGUCACGAGACUACUACAACCAGACAGGCCGCAUCCCAGACUGGUGCUGCUUGAGCUCCUCUCCUCCCGAAUCUCUCUACGAAGCGGGAAAGACCCCUCCUCCGCUCAUGAAGAGAGCCUUCUCCACAGAGAAGUAGAAUGUGCUGUAACAUAAUUCAAACAAUGUACUCUCCUUUACUCCGAUAGAACAGUUCAGUAAUCUUAAAUGUACCAUCCCAACACAAAUGUUGUUAAUGUGUUAACUACACAAACAGCUCUAGAUGUUUGUAAUGUCUAAGUUUCUGUAUGAACUGAUUGUGGACUGUUUGAUAAUCAGGUGAUCUGGUUUCUGACCUUACCAGUUAGAAGAGAUAUUGGGAUUUUAUGCGGUUACAUUGAUAUUCUACAAGGAUUACAGAAUUUCAAAUAGUUGCUGUGCUUCAUGCACCCACGUCUUCGGUUUCAUUUGUAGUCAUCGAACUGAACCUGUACGUGCUUACUCUCACUCUGUUCUGUAUUAUUUCGGCAGUUAAGCAGGAAAAACAUCGUGUUUAGCAGAAAUAUUUCAGAUCAUUACUAAUUUGAGUUUUAGUCAUCCAGUUGUCAGUAAAACGACAGAAAAUGUUGCGAAACUUUGGAGAAAAGUGUUGAAAUCUGACCAUGUGGUUUUGACGGUAAUGUCCCAUGUAGUUUAAAAAUAAGUUUUAAACAUACAAGUUUCUCUUAUUUAUUGUUUGAACUUAAUACAGGCCCACGGAAAGCUAAUAAACAGCUUUUCAUAUUAAAGUUGGGGUGGCGGUAUCCUGGGAGCUACUACUCAAAUACUCCACCACCAAGAUGUUGUCGCACCCUAACAAGUGUAGCACACGUAGCAGUUGGGUCAGGGACAUGUCAGUCGUGGUCUGAACACAUCCACGCAGUCCUGAGAAGCGGCCUAAUCAAGCAAAAUAAUUAAAGUCACCUGUGUGUGUGUCGACCAUAGUUGUUGUUGUUUACAGACUUCAAAACAUCUUCCGAACAAUGCCAUCUUGACCUGUGACCUUUAAGUUCAACUAUUUCAACAAAUAAAUAUUCCGAAUUCAA